AUGUCUACCACAGCUAUGACAGCCCAAAUAGAUCAGAAAGAAAAAGAACUUUCUAAUACGGUCUCUGCUAGCACUUCAAGCACUCUCUGUACAUUCAACGCGACCAAUGAUUCAACCCUGUUUUACCCUUCUCGCACCUUGAUUGUCGAUGCCCGAGGGAUCAGUUGCCUUCGUUUACCAGGUCCCUCAAGGCAAACCGAAAUCACGAUCGCCCUUGCAGACGGAAGUACCGGCUAUGUUUCCACUCGCAACAAACGCUGGUCCGGUGAUUGCAUUCUCUCGCACCCUAAACUUGGAAAUCUGAUCCGCACAGAUUACUUCUUCGGCCCGAACCGGGACCCCAUUCUUCGUCUUUUGCAGACCUCCGAUGUUGUCCCGGAGGAAGUAAGAGUGUCGAGCAAAUGGACUUCGCGCUCGGCUUAUUUCACGAUGCCCAAUGGUACAGAAUAUGAAUGGGCUUAUGCAAAGCAGAAGGGACCCGAGGGCCAGAAAUUGAAAUUGAUUGUCCUUGAUGCAAUCUCCAUGGAUGAUAACGAAAAAGUUACCAAGCACCGUCGCGUUGCCCAACUUGUGCGCAGCUCUGACACUCGUACGCCUGGUACAUCUCGGCGCACUGCUGGCAAUGGCGGGCAACUGCAGAUCGACGACGAAGCGCUACAUGCCUUGCAACUUGACGAAUCAAUCAUCGUAGCAACAUGUCUCGUCAUGCUGAAGAAAGAGAUCGAUCGGCGGCGCAUGAUACAGGCUGCAGUCAUGGCGGGUGCAGGUAGUGGUUCUUAA